CGAUUUCCUCUUUAAGAAAACUAUGGGGUUAAUAAAGUAAAUGAUGCGGUUUCCUGCACCCAGUCGCCGGCCGGUAGGAUCAGAAGGCACUGUACCGGAGACCGCUGCAGACUCUGCUCGGUGUGCGUUCAUCCUGGGUUCAGUACAUCCAGUGUAUCACCUGCUGGCAGAGUCUCUGUAACCUGAGGACAAUAACACACCAGGUUCCAGGACCAUUACCCCCUGAAACAGGAUCCAUCUCUAGGAACGACACACCACACAGCUUGGUUUACUUACCUCGAGCCAAUGAGGCGGAUUCAAACCAUGACUGCUAUGGUUCUCCUCGUUACUUUAUUUCUGAUUUUUUUUUACUCGACCCUUCAUCUAGAGACGACCUCCGGUCACAAGGCGGGACCAGAGGACUUCCUGAGGCAUCCGAGGCUCCUGGUCCACAGUGACGGCGAUGUGAAAACCCAAACCUCGAAGCAGGAGAGCGCCGCCACGCCUCAUCCUGACGUCCACAACGUGUCCGUUUCUGACAGCCUCAGACAGACCAUCUCUCAGAACGGAGCCUACUGGAACCGUCUGCUGUACUCGGCCCUCAGGAACCUGAACAAGAGAGGAAAUACUGUCAGACGUAACUCUGACUGGUCUCGUUGCCGGGAGACGAAUCAAGAGCUUCUGCAAACCAACGUGCACGACUUCACAUCCUACCCUGUCUUAUUCCAGGACUUUUUGCAAGGCAUGAACUGCAGGUCCCCUCCAGUCCUGAUCAAUCAACCCAACAAGUGCGUCUCCACUAAAGGUGACAACCAGACCGUCCUGCUCUUCGCCAUCAAGUCGACUCCUGGAAACUUUGAGCGGAGACAGGUGGUACGUGAGACCUGGGGGCAAGAGGGGAUGUAUCAGAGUGGACUGAGAGUACACACACUGUUUCUCCUGGGUAGCUCCCAGCUGGACGACCCCAACCUUAACCCACUGUUGUCCUUUGAAGCAAGACACUUUGGGGACCUCCUGCAGUGGGACUUCCACGAAUCCCUCUUGAACCUUACGCUCAAAAUGAACAUGUUCCUCCAGUGGACGCUGAAACGCUGUCCACAUGUCUCCUUCGUCUUUAGUGGGGAUGAUGAUGUAUUUGUAAAUACACCGGCACUACUCAGCUACCUGCAGUCUCUGGAGCCCUCGAAGGCCUCUAAGUUGUAUGUCGGACACGUCAUAAGCACAGCAAAUCCUCUCAGGGACCCUAAAAGCAAGUAUUACAUUCCUCUGAGCUUCUAUGACGGCCCAUACCCUGCUUAUGCUGGUGGAGGGGGUUUCCUUAUCUCUGGAGCGUUGCUGCAACCCCUAUACUCAGUUUCACACGUAAUACCCUUCUUCCCCAUCGACGACGUCUACACUGGGAUGUGCACCAAGGCUAUGGGAAUUUCUCCCGAGGCGCACGCAGGUUUCCAGACCUUUGAUGUCAAGGAGCAGGAUCGUGAGAAUCUGUGCGUACAUAAAGAUCUUAUUCUCAUCCAUCAGCGCUCCCCACAGCAGGUGAAGAAGCUGUGGAGAGGCAUUCACAGCCCGUUGUUGACUUGCUGAACAGGGCUGGUGGGCAAAGGAUGCAGCAAUGAAAGAGUGAAACACUGACUGCAGCGACAUAGACGAGCCACGGCUUAUCUGCGUUCAUCUUUGUCCUUUUCGUUGUUUUUGUUUCUGUUUGCAGCAGGAAGAAUUGUAAAUUAGGUUUUUUAAACGGACUGAAACUUUCCAGUGAAGUUAUGAAAGACUGGUUGUUAUGACAGAAAUAUAUUUCCAUCCCUGGAUGAACAGAGGACUUUCAGUCAAACUGUUGCGUGUCUCUAUCUCUAAUCUCCCACUUUCCUAUUUAAUUUAAAUAAAUAAUUCAAACAAGACAA